AUGGAGCCAAAGUCAGCACGCGAAGAGCGCUUUGCGGCGCAAUCCUGGGAAGAUCUCACCGCUUAUAACAACCUGGCCCUCGCACUAGCGCGCGAGCUUGCAGAUGUCUUCCCUACCAUUAUUACAGAGGUUUUACCGGCUGAUUCGCGGCUUACGGCACGCGAUUAA